AUGGCAACAAACAGUAAUAACAGCUCACCUGGACACUCUCCUACCUCUACAACUUUAGAAGCAGUUGACUAUAACUUACAGUUUCCAACAUGGUCAAUGGAGUAUUUAAAAAAAGCAGCAAUGCAACAAAGGCUAGUGAGACCUCGCAGUCUUGCCUGGGCAAUAAUGCUUAAUGCUAUUCCACCUCCUUCUGGUGAUAUUUUAUUAAGCAUACGCGGCCACAGAAAUUUCUACAAUGACCUUGGAAAUAAACUUUCGAUGGACCCUCGUGCUGUUAUUGGAGAUGAUCCCCUGUCACAAAAUGAUGAGAGUGCAUGGAAGCAGCACUUUUGCGAUAAUGAAUUAAAGGCUUUAAUAUUACAAGAUGUGGUGCGGACAUUUCCGGAUGAAACAUACUUUAGAGAUAAAGAAGUCCAAGACACAAUGGUUCGAGUGUUAUUUUUCUGGUCUCGCGCUCAUCCCAGCCCAGGAUACAGGCAAGGAAUGCACGAAGUUCUGGCACCUUUGCUCUUUGAACUAUAUUGUGACAGGCAACAAGCUAAACAGCAUACUUUGAGUCACACACUGCUGAAUUAUUUAGAAGAAGAGUACCUUGAACAUGAUAGCUAUAUGCUAUUCAGUGCUGUGAUGAAAGGGUUAGAGCAAUUCUACAGCACGGGAGAUGUUAUUCCAUCGUCAUGUGGCCGACUGCCUCUAUCUAGGUCACUACAUAAUCAAAACGAAGCGGUAAGAUAUUUGGAACGUGUGCGAGAGGAAUAUUUGACGUCCGCGGACCCGGAGCUCGCGAAACACCUCAUGGAAUGCAAUAUAUCUAUGGAACUGUUUGGCAUUCGUUGGCUUCGGCUCCUCUUCGGUCGCGAGUUUCCUCGCACGGAAAUACCUAAUUUGUGGAGUUUUAUAUUCUCUGACGGGCCGAUGUUACCCAAUUUGCACCAUAUCGUUGUCGCUAUGCUCAUGUCGAUACGGACCGCUUUACUAGAAUGCGACACGGGCGGUGCGUUGUCUCUGCUGAUGCGUCCGUCGAGCGCGUCCGCUGGACACGUUUGUGCUCUGAGUCUCCAUUUGCGAGAUCCCGUGAGAUAUCCCUCUCCACCUGCUCAACUCAAUAAUAGUUUGAAUAAUGAUAACCCAUAUCUUAGUCACGAUAGUGCAAUAGACGCGGCGAAUUCGGAAUACAGCUACUAUCAAAAGGCGGAAGAGGAGGCCGAGACGGACGGAUCUGAGGGUUUAGCGGAAGGAGGAGACGUGGCUCACUCUUUGGCGGCUCUGGCCCUCCUCAGGGCGCGCCUCCCCUCGGCCGUUGCCGCCCUGCAAGCCGCUUUGCCCCGACCGCCCCCGGACGCCAUACCCGCCUUGGAACAGAUCGCUCAACUCUCCGCCUUACUGCAAUGCCGAAACCACGCUUUGAUUGAUGUCGAAACGGCAUUAGAAGCGGCCGAAAAUCAGACAUCAUUCUCCGUCGGACGGCGCCAACUCGUCCCUGUGAUGCUGGGAAGGAACAAACCAAAAGUAAACCUGGUCAAGGUCAACCAAGUUAAAGUGAAUCCAGUGAAAGUGAUAAAUAAAGUGAAAGAAGUGCCAUUACAAGUGUUCCAUCAAGUUGAAUGUGAUUCCACAAGUGAUUUGCCAUUCCAGGACCCUCUACGGUUACGGACAGAAUGA